AGAGAGAGAAAGAGAGAAAGAAAUGAACAGACAGACAGACAGAAAGCGAGUCUGUCGGCUCUGUGUUCCGGGUGUGUAGGCUAAGCGACCGCGGAGAUUUAGUGAUUAUGUGAAGCUUGAAAUAAUCCUCUUUACUCAGAUAAAAUCACUCUGUGGCAGAGAGGAGGAGGAGGAGGGGCGGUGAAAGAGAGAGAGAGAAAAACCGCAACCUGCCUCGGAAUCCACUGACAGUUCCGAAAUAAAAACCAAAAAUAUAUAGAUUUAUACAGAGAGAGAGAGAGAGAGAGAGAGAGAGAGAAAAAGAGGAAUAGACGGUUUUGUUCCUCGAGCGCAAAAGAAACGCUCGACAGACGUCAAAUAAAGAAGAAAGGAGUGGAUUUAUCUUAUUUUUUGUAAAAGUGUAUUUCUUAACUUUUUAAAAUUUGUUUAUUUAAAUUUGUUUUGACGACAAAGACACUUUUUUUCAACAUGAAAGACAGACUGGACCAGCUGAAAGCGACCUGCGACACGGAUGACGUGGAGGAUGUUGAAAUAUCUGUCGAUAACGCGGCCUUUAUGGAUGAAUUCUUCGUACAGAUCGAGGAGAUCCGUACCAACAUUGAUAAGAUUGAUGAGAAUGUGUCGGAGGUGAAGAAGCUCUACAGCCUCAUCCUGUCGGCCCCGACCUCCGAGCAGAAAACCAAAGAUGACUUGGAGAGGCUGACGGUGGACAUCAAGAAGCUGGCGAACAGCUCUCGAAACAAACUGAAGAGUAUUGAGAAGAACAUUGAAGAGGAUGCAGAACGCUUGUCAGCCGAUCUGAGGAUAAGGAAGUCCCAGCAUUCGGUCCUCUCCAGGAGGUUUGUGGAGGUCAUGACCAAAUACAACGAAACUCAAGUGGAUUUCAGAGAGCGAAGCAAAGGGAGAAUUCAGAGACAACUGGAAAUCACUGGUAAAAGCACCACGGAUGAGGAAUUGGAGGAGAUGUUGGAAAGUGGGAGUUCAGCCAUAUUCACAGCGGGGAUCAUUGAGUCCAACAUCUCGAAGCAGGCUCUGAGUGAGAUCGAGUCGAGACACAAGGACAUCGUGCGGCUGGAGAGCAGCAUCAAGGAGCUGCAUGACAUGUUCGUGGACAUCGCCAUGCUGGUGGAGAACCAGGGUGACAUGGUGAAUAACAUCGCGGUGAACGUGUUGAAGUCCGUGGAUCACGUGGAGACGGCCAAGGCUGAGACCAAGAAAGCCGUGAAAUACCAGAGCCGUGCGCGCAAGAAAGCUCUCAUCCUGGCUCUCGUCCUGCUGCUCUCACUCUGUGUUCUCGCUUUGAUAAUCGGCCUGGCCGUGGGGCUCACAGCCACACAGAGAGGGAGCCAGCCUGCCUCACCCACUGCCCCCAGCUCAAACUGAUCAUAAUCAUAGUGGUCCUGGUGGUCCUUGCUCUGGUCAUUUUGGCCAUCAUCCUUGGCACAACCCUGUAGUGACCUCCUGCUUCCCUCUUCCCGAGUCCUCCAAUGAGAAGCUCCCAGGGGCGGGACUUCCUGUUGCCUUACCUCCCCCUGCCCUCCUCUCCCUGGCGGUCGUCUUCCCAGGAAUAAAAACCUCACUUCCUGCCACGCCCCCCUGCUGACCUCCACUGCCAGUCCCGGAUUCAGCCAAUGGAAGAAGCACACUCUUAAACCCCUGCCUCUCGCCAAACCUAAUUUCCUGUUCCUCUGCAGCCAAUAGGAGACCACAGAAAUGCUCUACCUGCAGCAGUGGAUCGCGCAUCAUUUCCUGUGGAUCUCUUUUUAUAUUUAGCUCCCCCCCCCCCCGCCACUGCCCACCAAAACGACCUCACUUCCUUUGUGCCUUGUGGAUUCAACCAAUCUGAGAACCAGUUUAAAAAAAUAAAUAAAUAAAAUUGCUUCCUGUAUCGGAAUCCUCCCCACUUCCUGCUUCCCCCUGGAUCUGAACCAAUGAGAAGGCUGAGAUCCCUGUGAGUCCCCGCCUUCCCUUUUCCUGCCUUGCUUUUUAAGCCAAUCACAAGUUGCCAUUUCUGAACACUCCGCAGUCACGUGACUUUCACAAGCCAAAUAUUGACCUCUUACCCUUUUUUAUUACUGAGUUCAUUAAGAGCUUCUGCUAACUGUCCAAGUGCCUUGUGAAAAAAAACACAUUGAGUUUUGAAGUUUUCAGUCUGUGUUCAUGAUUAAGUUCGCCCUUAAUCUCUGUGAGAAUGUAAUAAACUAACACAGACACCAAGAAGAAGGGAUUAUAUUGUAGCGUCAAACUGAACAGGAUUGUGGGGCUCUGUCUGUCUGUCUGUCUGUCUGUCUGUCUGUCUGCAGCUUUAAUGAAACUAAACUCUUUUCAGAAUGUAGUAAACUAACACAGACCCCAAGAAGAAGGGAUUAUAUUGUAGCGUCAAACUGAACAGGAUUGUGGGGCUCUGUCUGUCUGUCUGUCUGUCUGCCUGCAGCUUUAAUGAAACUAAACUCUUUUCAGAAUGUAGUAAACUAACACAGACACCAAGAAGAAGGGAUUAUAUUGUAGCGUCAAACUGAACAGGAUUGUGGGGCUCUGUCUGUCUGUCUGUCUGUCUGUCUGUCUGUCUGUCUGUCUGUCUGCAGCUUUAAUGAAACUAAACUCUUUUCAGAAUGUAGUAAACUAACACAGACCCCAAGAAGAAGGGAUUAUAUUGUAGCGUCAAACUGAACAGGAUUGUGGGGCUCUGUCUGUCUGUCUGUCUGUCUGUCUGUCUGUCUGCAGCUUUAAUGAAACUAAACUCUUUUCAGAAUGUAGUAAACUAACACAGACCCCAAGAAGAAGGGAUUAUAUUGUAGCGUCAAACUGAACAGGAUUGUGGGGCUCUGUCUGUCUGUCUGUCUGUCUGUCUGUCUGUCUGUCUGUCUGUCUGCAGCUUUAAUGAAACUAAACUCUUUUCAGAAUGUAGUAAACUAACACAGACCCCAAGAAGAAGGGAUUAUAUUGUAGCGUCAAACUGAACAGGAUUGUGGGGCUCUGUCUGUCUGUCUGUCUGUCUGUCUGUCUGUCUGCAGCUUUAAUGAAACUAAACUCUUUUCAGAAUGUAGUAAACUAACACAGACCCCAAGAAGAAGGGAUUAUAUUGUAGCGUCAAACUGAACAGGAUUGUGGGGCUCUGUCUGUCUGUCUGUCUGUCUGUCUGUCUGUCUGUCUGCAGCUUUAAUGAAACUAAACUCUUUUCAGAAUGUAGUAAACUAACACAGACACCAAGAAGAAGGGAUUAUAUUGUAGCGUCAAACUGAACAGGAUUGUGGGGCUCUGUCUGUCUGUCUGUCUGUCUGUCUGUCUGUCUGUCUGUCUGUCUGCAGCUUUAAUGAAACUAAACUCUUUUCAGAAUGUAGUAAACUAACACAGACACCAAGAAGAAGGGAUUAUAUUGUAGCGUCAAACUGAACAGGAUUGUGGGGCUCUGUCUGUCUGUCUGUCUGUCUGUCUGUCUCUCUGAAGGGAUUAUAUUGUAGCCAGGACUUGGGUCAGGUCAUUGUAAUACACGAUCGACGGGGAGAGCGGUCGACAGUUGCCAAAAGAAUCCAAUCGCUGUGUCUCCCGAGCGUCACAUGAUUACUUGACCUGUGCCAUGGUGUGUUUUUUUAAUUUUUUAAUAUGAACACUUAUUUUUUCUUGAUAAUUUGACACAAGCACAGAGAAAUAGAAAUAGACAGCUUUUACACAGGCAUGAAUUGCAGAGCUAUGACGGGGUCCUUCCUUUGAGCUUAGCAAUACACACAGUUACAAAGUCGUUUUCAUCUCUUUAUUCUUCUCCUCCUCCUCCUCCUCUCCUCCAGUCCUCUCCUCUCCUGUCCUCUCCUCCUCCCUCUCCCCCUCCUCCUCCUCUCCUCCUCCUUCUCCUCCUCUCCUUGUGUGUUUUUUUGCUUCAGUCGUUCUGAGCGUUUCUGGCUUCUGUCGCUCCUCCAGUAAAUCGAGUUCAUCUGAGACUCUAGCUGUCAGACAGACUCCCGCGUUCCUCUCAAAUGACCUGACCUCGUGACCUUUCAACUCCGGUCGGUUUUCUCAGGGUCUUAAGAUUUUUGCCUGUUUUUUUUUUUUUUUAAAUCUGUUCAGUUUCUUUUCGGUAUUUGUGGGUCACGAUUUUAAAUUCGUGAGUGGAGAAGAAACGGAGCGUCUGGGAAUCGAUCAGAGUGAAGGGAGAGAGGCGGAGAGAGAGAAAAAGAGAGAGAAAAUUGCCUUACGAAAUUAUUUAGUUUAAAUAUAAUGUCAAAAAUUAAAUAUAAUGUCAAAAAUAAUGUCAAUACCUGAUGUAAUGCCCCUCCUCUGCACUAGGGGGCAGUCUACAUAAAUAAAUAAUUUCAAUGUGUUUUGGAAUGAUGUAAAACAUGUUGGUGCUUUUAAUAUUUGUGGAGAUGGUUGAGAUUUAAAACAAAAUAUAUAUAUAUAUAUAUAUAUGAAACUUGAUCUCAAAUGAAUCUUUUGACGGCGUCUCAUCUAUUUUAUAUAUUGUAUUUGUGUUUAAAUUAUUUCGGAUUAAAAGCUUGAUCAAGUACUUUAA